UGGAUCAUUUGUCUUGGCAUUGUUGCUUUUUUCAACAGAUUUUUGUACUUUUUUUAUCUCAACUGUCGGACAAUGCGGGCUUUUUCCGGUUUUUUCAAGGAUUCAAAGGAUCGGAAGGUAGGAAGGAUAUAAUAAUGUGUGUGGCAAGUACCUAUUAUUUUUAUUUAUUAUUUUUUAUUAUUUUAAAUGUAAUUGUUGAAAGAGAAAGAAAGGAACUACUCUCUCCUUAAUAACUCUAUUGUUUCUACUAUGUUUUAAUUAAAACUUUUAUAUAAACUCUCUGUAGGGUGCAACAAUAUCCUAUGAGUGCCCCAUAUUAAAGUAUCUACAGCCAAAAUGUUGCACACAGAUACUCACACACACACACACACUCACACUCGAGGGGAAAGAAGAAAAAAAGUUACGAAAGCAAACAGAAUCACUGCCCCCUGACUGGAGCUGAAUGUUCAGAGCAAAUGAAGGUGUCAAAAUGACAAGCAGAGAUGGCUAAAAAAAAAAAGGAAACAGGAAAAGAAGGAUGCACACACACACAAACACACAUAGAUACACACCACUACAAGUGUAGCGGGUUGGACGUGCGAUGGAUGGAUGGAUGGCUGCCUUCCUGGGUGGCCAGAGGAGCCUUUCAGCCUUCCAGCCUUCCAGCCUGCCUUCCUUUCCGCCUGUUAGCCCGGCUAACUGUGUAAAUGGCAAAGCGACAGAAGCAUUUGCUAACUUUGCUGCAACAGCAAGGAUACAACAGCACAGGAUACUACAUAAAUGUAUCUAUAUAUAUCUAAGCGACGGCCGUGCAUUGUAUUGCAGUUACGUGCUCGAUGGUCCAGCAAAAUGGCGAAGCGAACCGAACAAAAAAGAAUCUCUGAAACAAAAUCAACAAAGCAGCAGGAGUCCUUUCUUGAAUACACUUUUUGGCAUAAACAGUGGGAGCAUCUUGGCCAAAAACAGGCUGAUGUGGCAGUACAACUAUCUUGCAGUUUAAGAAAGAGUAGCCUCAAGGUUUCAAGUUCUUUAUUGUUUUUAAUUAAAUUUAGAAAAUAUAAUAAACUAAACCAUCAAGUGCUAAUAUUAGAAACACUAUCAUAAUCUUAAGAGUUAUGAGAUUAUUAUCCAAAAUUAAUCGGAAAACUUAAAAUCCUUCAAGUAGAGUAGCAGUGCCAAUGAAGCCAACAAAAGGGCUUAAAGACUUUGGCAAUGCCAACUGCUUACUCACUUGCCAAAUUGCAAAGCGGAUUUAACUUGUAACGAAACUUUAAAUGAGUUCAAGUGGAUUUUGGACCAACCAUCCACCAUCCCAUCCCACUCCAUGCCACCCACUCCUUGCCACUUUGCCACCCAGUAACGCCUCUGAUGGCUGUACUUUCGGAGCUGAUGGAGCAUAAUGAUGAUGGCUUUGCCUGAUUGAUUGAUUGAUGGCCGUAAAAUUGGGGUAACUGAACUAAAGACAAUUUGCACUUGAAACUAACAGCAGGGUCGAGCCAAAAGAGAUUUUCAAAAGAAUCCCAAAAAAAUGCAUAUUGCUCAUACGCCGCGUCAGCCGAAGUGCGGUUGAUAUUUUUAGACUUUCGAUGCACAUUGCACCUUCGCCUCUACUGGCCUCUACA